UCGGCGCGGCCGCCCCGAGACGCCAGCCCCGCCGAGUGAUGAGAACAGACGUCAAACUGCCUUAUGAAUAUUGAUGCGGAGGCUAGGCUGCUUUCGUAGAGAAGCAGAAGGAAGCAAGAUGGCUGCCCUUUAGGAUUUGUUAGAAAGGAGACCCGACUGCAACUGCUGGAUUGCCGCAAGGCUGAGGGACGAGAACGAGGCUGGCUAACAUUCAGCAGCAGGCCCUCUCAGAUUGUCUACUCAGCCUUGCUCCUGUUGAGUUGCCACACUUGGAAGCAGGAGAUGGGCUCAGCAGCAGCCAACAGGACAUGAUCCAGGAGGAGCAGUGAGGGACUGAGCUGCUGAAUUGAUUCAGAGGGCAGCCUUGUGGAUGGCCCCGAAGUAAGCCUGAUGGAACAGGAUAGAACCAACCAUGCUGAGGGCAACCGACUAAGUCCAUUCCUGAUACCAUCACCUUCUGCAAUUUGCCAGCCAGAACCUCUGGCCUUAAAGCUCCAGAAUGGCGGCCCAUUCACCGAGAGAGCUCACCCAGAGGUCAAUGGAGACACCCAGUGGCAGGCCAUCAAAAGUCAUCAUGGAAUACCCAGUGUGAAGGAAAGCCAGAGGAGUCGUGCGAGUCCCGACUUCAUGCACGAAGCGAGAGGGUAUUCCAAGUGUUUGCAAAAUGGAGGAAUAAAACGUACAGUUAGUGAACCUUCUCUCACUGGGCUCCAUCAGAACAAGAAAUCAAAACAUGACCAAAAGGCUAAUGGAGAAAGAAAAAGCUUCGGGGAAAGCCAUGAACGAAAUCCAGGUGAAAGCAGCAGUCAACCAAAUGUCUCCGCUUUGAGUGAUAAGAUAGAAUCUGCGAGCUCUGUAGCCCAAGAAAACACCAUCAAAGAUUUUACCAGUUUUUCAACACGUAACUUCAGUGGGUCAGAAAAUCCAGAGCUUCAGAUUCUGAACGAGCAGGAAAGGAAAAAUGCUAACUCCUAUGACAAGAACGUGGUGUUACUUCUUAAAAACAAGGCAGUGCUAAUGCCUAAUGGUGCUACAGUUUCUGCCUCUUCCAUGGAAAACACACAUGGCAAACUCCUAGAGAAAACACUCUCUCAAUACUAUCCAGAUUGUGUUUCCAUUGCGGUGCAGAAAACCACAUCUCAUAUAAAUGCCAUUAACAGUCAGGCUCCUCAUGAGUUGUCCUGUGAGAUCACUCAGCCAUUGCAUACCUCAGGGCAGAUCAAUUCUCCACAGACCUCGAACUCCGAGCUGCCUCCAGAGCCAGCUGCAGUGGUAACCGAGGCCUGUGAUGCUGAUAAUGCCAGUAAACCAGCUGCAAUGCUAGGUACCUGUCCCUUUCAGAAACCAGAACAACCACCACAGCAAAAGUCAGUUUUUGAGAUAUGCCCAUCUCCUGCAGAAAACGGUAACAUUCAAGGAGCCACAAAGCUCAUGUCUGGUGAAGAAUUUGGAUCAGGUUCCUGCAGCAAUCUGCAAGUUCCUGGUGGCAGCUCUGAACGGUAUUUAAAGCAAAACGAAAUGAAUGGUGCUUACGUUAAGCAAAUCUCAGUGUUCACUAAAGAUUCCUUUCCUGCCACUACUACAUCACCAUCACAAAUACUUCUUUCUCCCCCUCCUCCUCCACUUCCUCAACUGCCUUCAGAAGGAAAAAGCACUCUGAACGAUGGAGUUUUGGAAGAACACCAUCACUAUCCCAACCAAAACAACAGGGCGCUUUUAAGGGAAGUGAAAAUAGAGGGUCAAUCUGAUGCACCAACAAGCCAGAGUCCUAACCCAUCCACACACAUAUCCAACCCCUCUCUGCUUCCAGAAGGGCCUCAGAAUAAUUGUGCUAACAAGAAUGGCAUACGGACUCCAGGGACAAUGGCCAUACCGUUGUCUUCUGAGAAAACAAGACCAAUCUCAGAAAAUAUCAGCCAGAACCCAACAGUUCUCAGCAGCAGUGGAGAGCCACAGGACCACUACCAGCAGCUGAUGGGGAACAAGGAGCAAGAGAUUCUGGCGGGUCGAGAAAAGGAACAAACACGAGAUCUUGUGCUCCCAACACAGCAGUAUCUGAAACCAGGAUGGAUUGAAUUGAAGUCCCCGCAUUUUUAUCCAUCAGAAUCUCAUCCAAAAUGUAAUGAGACCUCGCUGCGGUCAAUCCUCCAGUAUCAGUCCAACCCCUCCAAUCAGAUGACCUCUAAACCAUACACUGGAAAUUCCAAUAUGCCUGGGGGGCUCCCAAGGCAUGCUUACAUCCAGAAGUCCAGGCAGCCAGAACAAAAGUCACAAAUGUACCAAGUCGAGGUGAAUCAAGGGCAGUCUCAAGGUACAGUGGACCAACAUCUCCAGUUCCCAAAACCCUCACACCAGGUGCCCUUCUCCAAGACAGAGCCGUCACCCGAAACUCACAUGCAGUCACGAUGUGACCCUAGAUUUAAUUUUCCACAGAAAGGAGAUUUUCCAACUGAGAAACUCAUGUCCCCACUGUUAAAGCAGCACUUGAAUCAACAGGCUUCCAUGACUGAGCCAUUUUCAAAUUCACAGCUUUUGCAACAUAUGCCUCCAAAGCAGGCAGCACAAACACAACCAUCCCCGAGUUCACAUCUCCUUCAAAACCAGCAGCAGCAGCAAAAGUUACAAAUGAAAAAUAAAGAACAAAUGCCCCAGACUUUUGCUCAUCCCCACAGUAACAACGAUCAGCAAAGAGAAGGAUCAUUCUUUGCUCAGAUUAAAGUUGAAGAAUGCUUUCAUGGUGAAAAUCAGUAUUCGAAGUCAAGUGAGUAUCAGAUUCAUCAUACCCAAGUGGGAGUGGAGCAAGUACAGAAUAUGAACAGUAGAAAUUCUCCUUAUGGGCAGAUCUUGAAAUCAGGUGCAAGCAAAGUGCAGAUUUCUUAUUCAAACAAUGCACACCUAGUUCCAGAGAAUAAAGAACAGACUGUACAUUCUGAACUCUUUGCAGGAAACAAGGCCCAAAACUUGCACCCCAUGCGAUAUUUUCCAAAUAAUGUGACUUCAACAAAGCAAGAUGUUCUUCACAGGUGCUUUCAAGAACAAGAGCAGAAGCCUCAACAAGCUUCGGUUCUACAGGGAUAUAAAAGUAGAAACCAAGACAUGUCUGGCGAACAAGCUACACAACUAGCUCAGCAAAGGUACUUGAUGCAUAACCAAGCUAAUGCCUUCUCUGUUCCCGAGCAGGGAGGGAGUCACAUUCAGACCCCUCCACAGAAGGACUUGCAGAAGCAUGCUGCCUUAAGGUGGCACCUCUUACAGAAACAAGAACAGCAGCAAACACAGCAAACCCAUUCCGAGUCUUGCCAUAGUCAGAUGCCCAGGUCAAUUAAGGUUGAACCUGGGUCCAAACCUCAGGCCUGUAUGCGCCCCCAAUCAGCGCAGGCAGACAGUAAAAUGUGGAAAAAGAUAAGCAAACAAGAUAUUCCACCUCCAAGCUGUGAUAACGUGCAGCAGAAGAGUAUCAUUGAGACCAUGGAGCAGCAUCUGAAGCAGUUUCAGGUCAAGUCACUGUUUGACCAUAAGGCUCUUGCUCUCAAAUCACAGAAGCAGAUAAAAGUUGAAAUGUCAGGCUCGGUCACGGUUUUAAGUCGACAGAUCACUGCUGCCGAUCUUGACAGCCACACCGCAUCUUCUGAGCAGCAAGCAACUUCUUCAGAAAGGACACCAACCAAAAGAACAGCUGGUUCUGUUCUCAAUAGUUUUAUAGAGUCACCUUCUACAUUACUAGAUACACCUAUAAAAAAUUUAUUGGAUACACCUGUCAAGACUCAAUAUGAUUUCCCAUCAUGCAGAUGUGUAGAGCAAAUUAUUGAAAAAGAUGAAGGUCCUUUUUAUACCCAUCUAGGAGCAGGUCCUAAUGUGGCAGCUAUUAGAGAAAUCAUGGAAGAAAGGUUUGGACAGAAGGGUAAAGCUAUUAGGAUUGAAAAAGUCAUCUAUACUGGUAAAGAAGGCAAAAGUUCUCAGGGAUGUCCUAUUGCCAAAUGGGUGAUUCGCAGAAGCAGCAGUGAGGAGAAGCUACUGUGUUUGGUGCGGGAGCGCGCAGGCCACACCUGUGAGGCCGCAGUGAUUGUGAUUCUCAUCCUGUUGUGGGAAGGAAUCCCACAGUCUCUGGCCAACGAACUCUACUCCGAGCUCACGGAAACACUGAAGAACCAUGGCACUCUCACCAAUCGCCGGUGUGCCCUGAAUGAAGAGAGAACCUGUGCUUGUCAGGGGCUGGAUCCAGAGACCUGUGGUGCCUCCUUUUCAUUUGGUUGUUCAUGGAGCAUGUACUACAAUGGAUGUAAAUUUGCCAGAAGCAAGGUCCCGAGGAAAUUUAAACUGCUUGGGGAUGAUCCAAAAGAGGAAGAGAAACUGGAAUCUCAUUUGCAAAACCUGUCCACCCUCUUGGCACCGAUAUAUAAGAAACUUGCACCUGAUGCAUAUAAUAAUCAGAUUGAAUAUGAACAUAGAGCACCAGAAUGCCGUCUUGGUCUGAAGGAAGGCCGCCCAUUCUCAGGGGUCACUGCCUGUUUGGACUUCUGUGCUCACGCCCACAGAGACUUGCACAACAUGCAUAAUGGCAGCACAGUGGUGUGCACCCUCACAAAAGAAGACAAUCGAGAAAUUGGAGCAAAACCUGAUGAUGAGCAGCUCCACGUUCUGCCGUUAUACAAAAUCUCUGAUGUGGAUGAGUUUGGGAGCGUAGAGGCUCAGGAGGAGAAGAAGCGCAACGGUGCCAUUGAGGUUCUGACUUCUUUUCGGCGGAAAGUCAGGAUGUUAGCAGAGCCCGUCAAGACCUGCCGGCAGAGGAAACUCGAAGCCAAGAAAGCUGCAGCUGAAAAGCUUUCCGCUCUGGAGAACAGCUCAAAUAAGAAUGAAAAGGAAAAGUCAGCCUCAUCACGUACAAAACAGACUGAAAAUGCAAGCCAGACUAAGCAGUUGGCAGAACUUCUGCGACUUUCAGGACCAGUCAUCCCACAGUCCCAGCCCCAACAACAAAAGCAGCCCCAGCCCCAUCCGCAGCAGCAGCAGCAGCAGCAGCAGCAGCAGCAGCCACCACCACAUCACGCCUGGACUAGCAGCUCUCCAUCAGAGGCCACCAACUCUUACUCUUCUUCCGGGUCCACAAAUGUGUACAUGAGACGGCUCAAUCCAGUGAGUCCUCACCCAGGAUCUUCACACACUUCAGAUAUUUAUGGAGGCGCCAACACUAUGAACCUUUAUUCCACCUCAUCUCAAACUGCAGGUUCAUAUUCUAAUUCCAUGAACCCCUACCCUGGCCUAUUAAAUCAAAAUAAUCAAUAUCCAUCCUUUCAAUGCAACGGAAAUGUAUCCAUGGACAACUGCUCUCCAUAUCUGGGCUCCUAUUCUCCCCAAUCUCAUCCCAUGGAUCUAUACAGGUAUCCAAGCCAAGACCCUCUCUCUAAGCUCAAUCUACCACCCAUCCACACGCUUUACCAGACAAGGUUUGGAAACAGCCAGAAUUAUACAUCUAAGUACUUGGGUUAUGGCAACCAAAAUAUGCAGGGAGAUGCUUUCAGCAGUUGUACCACUAGACCAAAUGCUCACCACGUUGGGACAUUUCCUCCUUACUCCACUCAUGAAAUGGAUGGCCACUUCAUGGGCGCCAUCUCUAGACUACCACCCAAUUUGAACAACUCAAAUGCAGAGUAUAAAAAUGGAGACCAUCAUCCAUCUUCUCACAUCAUCCAUAACUAUGGUGUAGCGCCAGGCAUUUUGGACAGCUCUCUGCAUGCCCUCCAUCUCCAGAACAAGGAGAAUGACGCUCUUUCCCACACUGCUAAUGGGCUACCUAAGAUGCUUCCGGGGUUGAGUCACCAUAGAUCACCGUCUGUUCCCAGCGGCCUGCACAAGCUGAGCGAUGCUAACAGUCAGGAAAAGCAGAUUGUGGCGCCAGUCCAGGCCGUGGCUCCUGCUGCUGGAGAAAAUGAUGAGGUCUGGUCAGACAGUGAGCAGAAUUUUCUGGAUCCUGACAUCGGGGGAGUGGCAGUGGCCCCUGCUCAUGGGUCUAUUCUCAUCGAGUGUGCAAAGCGUGAGCUUCAUGCCACCACCCCUUUAACGGAUCCCAACAGGAACCGCCCCUCCAGGGUCUCACUUGUCUUUUAUCAGCAUAAGAGCAUGAAUGAGCCAAAACACGGCUUGGCUCUCUGGGAAGCCAAAAUGGCCGAAAAAGCCCGUGAGAAAGAGGAAGAGUGUGAGAAGUAUGGCCCGGACUACGUGCCUCAGAAAACCCACGGCAAAAAAGGCAAACGGGAGCCCACUGAGCCACAGGAACCUGCCGAGCGCACGUACCUGCGCUUCUUCAGGUCCCUUGCUGAAAGGACCAUGUCCGCGACCACAGACUCCACCAUAACUACAUCCCCGUACGCCUUCACACGCGUCACCGGGCCUUAUAACAGAUACAUAUGAUGCAGGCCCUUUGGUCGGUUACCUCAUUUGAAAAGACCACAACCAACCUGUCCGUGGUGGCGUUCUCGUGAUGUGGGCAAUGGGGAGAGGUCACAGUAUUCCUGACAAACGUGGUGGGAAAACCUCUAGCUCCCAGCAACACAAGAGGGGGUCUUACCACAGCACUUCAUUUGCCCAAGUGCUCACAGAUGGUGUCUAGGGAAAAGACCAAAGCAUUCUAUGCAAAAAGAAGGUGGGGAAGAAGGUGUUCCACAAUUUACAUUUUUAACACUGGUUCUAUUAUGGGAUGGGAGGAGAUGUAAAUGUGAUUUUUCCCCCCCUUAUUAUGCCACACAUCUGUGACCACUUUUAAUAACAUCAAGUUUGCAUAGUCAUGGAACACAAGUACUGUAGUAUUACAGUUGCAGGAAUAUUACAAUACCAUCUGGUGCUGAAUAUACGAUGUACUGAAAUACUGGAAUUAUGGCUUUUUAACAUGCAGUUUUUACUGUAAUCUUAAUAUUUUAUUUAUCAAAAUAGUUGCAGGAAGCAUAAAUGAAUAGCAGCAAAACACUGAAUUUGUUUGGAUGUGCUAAGAAAUGGUGCUAAGAAAAUGGUGUCUUUAACAGUUGAAAAUUUAAUGCCUUUAUAUCAUCAAGAUGCUAUCAGUGUACUCCAAUGCCCUUGAAUAAAAGGGGGUACCUUUUCAUUCAAAUUUUUAUCAUAAUUACCUAUUCUUACACAAGCUUAGUUUGUAAAAAUGUGGACAUUUUAAAGGCCUCUGGAUUUUGCUCAUCCAGUGAAGUCCUUGUAGGACAAUAAACGUAUCUAUGUACAUAUAUGCACACAUGUGUAUGUGCACACACAUGUACAAAUAUAAAGUGUAUAAAUAUUUUAAAUGGUGUUUUAGACGCACUUUGUCUACCUAAGCUUUGACAACUUGAACAAUGCUAAGGUACUGAGACUUUUUUUUUAAGAAGUUUACUUUCAUUUUAGAAUGCAAAGUUGAUUUUUUUAAUGAAACAAAGCUUUUAAAAAUUUUUGCUUUUAGCCGUGCAUCUGCUGAUGAGCAACAUGUCCAUUUUUAACACAGCCACUUAAAUCCACAGUGGGGCUUACUGGAUUCGAGGGAAUACAUUAGUCCACAAAACAUGUUUUCUGGUGCUCAUCUCACAUGCUAUACUGUAAAACAGUUUUAUACAAAAUUGUAUGACAAGUUCAUUGCUCAAAUAUGUACAGUUUUCAGAACUUUUGUAUCAUCUGCAGGUCAUAAUUAGCCGCAUGCUACAGACUCAGAACUUGUUCAUGUAAGCCUGUGCCAUUUCAUGGAUCUGCGUGCUCUUCCCAGAGCCGGAUGGCAGUCUGCCUUUGUGUUGAUAAUUAUGUACAUUGUGAUAUUGUCAUUUCUUAGCUUAAGUGUCCUCUUUACCAGAAAGAUUGAGCGGACUGAUGCCUGCAUAAGAUGAAUAAACAGGGUUAGUUCCACGUGAAUCUGUUGGUUUAAAAGAAACAAAAAACAGGCAGCUGGUUUGCUGUGGUGGUUUUAAAUCAUUAAUUUGUAUAAAGAAGCGAAAGAGAUGUAUAGUAAAUUAAAUUGUAAACAAAACUUUUUUUAACGCGAUGCUUUAGUAUUUUAGUACUGUAAAAAAAAUUAAAUAUAUACAUAUAUAUGAGAUUGAAGCAGAAUUCAGAUCCUGAUGGUGCUACUCAGCCUGCUACAAAUAUAUCAUAAUGUGAGCUAAGAAUUCAUAAAAGGUUUGAGUGAUGUUCCUACUUGUCAUAUACCUCAACACUAGUUUGGCAAUAGGAGAGUGAACUGAGAGUGAAAGCUUAGAGCAUUGUGUACCAUCGCUU